UUCAACUGGACGGACGCUUUAACGCUGGUAAAUUAAGAGACAAAGAGAAAUUAUUAUAUAAGUUUAAAGAGCGAGUCGUGAAAGUUAAGAUAUUCGGGAACCACUGUGUGUACUUACUACCGACCUAUAAAGCGUUUGUGAAACUGUGGCAGAUUCAGUAUUCGAAUUUUUGAAUUGCUGAUGAUCGUGAAUUGUUGAAAUCAAGAAAAAAAAUAUUUGCAAUAAGCAACUACUAGUUGUUGCAGCAUCCUGCGCAGAUCCACAAACUGCGCAGCUAAUCUCUUUAACUCGUUUACUUAAAUAAAUAUUAUGCAUUUCUCGCAAUAAAACGCUGCCAAUAAACAACAACAACAACACCCCAGCUAUGUCUCCCGAAUCGUUGAAUCAACACGAUCAACGUAACAACAGCAACAAUAACAGCUUCCGCAGCAAUCGAACGCAAAUAAAUUACAACAAUGGCAACAACAGCAAUAGGCUCACGGGCUCACUAACACCCGCCACAACGCCACAAAUGUUGCACCGCCAUAGAAGUAGCGUUUACAUAGCACCCAACGACGUCAACAGCAUAGAAACGCAUUCCACACCAACGAUACCAGCGCCACCAUCUACGCUAGAACGCACACCACAGCAGCCUAAUCCGGGGGUGCGUAGUAAAGUUAUCGGCGAAGCCGCGCUGUCACAAAUUCCACAGGCAAAGCCAAAACUCGCCACACCUGCCGCAGCAGGCACUGACAUAAUCGGCAGUGUGUUGGGCGAUUUUGGCAUCUGGCAGCUGCGUUCGGUGCUUAUACUUUUCCUGUGCAAACUACCCGCCUCUUGGUUUAUGGCCUGCAUUAUUUACACAGCGCCAGAGAUUAAGCCAUCCGUUCAGUAUCGCUGCGACGCAAGCCAGCUGAGCGCAAAUCAGUCGAUAUCAGAGAACCAGUGUUAUGUGGUGGAUUGGAGCGCCAAUGUCGCGGCGAAUGGUAGCACAGCAGGUGAGACGAUACUCUCACAGGAGCCAUGCACGGAUUUCGUGUACGACGACUACUUUUACUCGUUCAUAAUGCAGUACAAUUUGGUUUGUAUGCGUGAAAUUUUUGUGGCCUGGACGCAGUAUUGGCAUCUGUUUGGCGUGUUGGUGGGCGGCGUCAUAGGCACCAAAGCGAUGCUGAAACUCAGUCCACGUACUGUCUAUAUUAUCGGCGCCGUGCUACAGAUUAUCCUGGGUGUCAUCACCGGCUAUUCGGGAGCGCUAACAAUGCACUGUAUCUUUCGCUGCCUUGCAGCCAUCGGUUGUGCGCUCAUGUUCACCUCCGCACAAGCGAUUUUUGGUGACAUCACUGGUGGCCGCUAUCGCACCGGUGUCAUUAUACUCUAUGACACCUUCUGGUCACUCGGCGUGAUCUUGCUGCCGGGCAUUUCAUCGUUCUUCCAAAAUUGGAGUGAACUUUAUUUAGGCAUCGCAUUCCCCACAGUUAUUCUCUUGUUCCUACUGCAAUGGACACCCGAAUCUCCACGUUGGCUGCUAAAGAACGGCAAGGAGCACGAUGUGUACCGCGUGGAGCGUAUGUUACGCAAGGCUGUGGACAUCAAUGAGCGCACCUUCCUCAUACCCGAUGACUUUCGGCAGCAGCUCGAAAAGCUACGUGAGUCAUUACGCACACAAAAGCCACCUGCCACGUGGCUACAGCUGUGGCGUGGGCCACGUGCUAAGUAUUACAUGUUGGCAGCGCACAUUGCGCUCGCCUGUUACAUCGUGAACUACAUGGGCAUGUUGUUGAAUUUACGCUCGUUCGGUAGAAAUUAUCGGGUGCCGAACACCAUCGCUAUGGGUGUCGCCGAAAUCAUUGGCUGUUUCAUUGGGUUACACUUCGCCAUGAAACAUGGGCCGAAAAAGUUUAUGUAUGCAGGUUGCUUCAAUAUUGUUGCCGGGCUCGUUGGCUGUCUCGGUUGGACCUUUACGAGUGCGAAUUUGAAUCCCGACCUCAAAGUCGCUCUAUGGAUGAUAAUCGCCGUCGUGCCAAAAGCCUCUGUUUCCUGCGCUCAAUCCAUGAUGCAGGCUUGCAUGGCUGAAGUUAUGCCAGCGAAUAAGAAGCAACCAUUUGCAUUCUCUGUCGUCACAUGGGCACGCAUUUGGCUGUUGACCGCACCGUUCAUCAAUCUGCUCAAGAAGACCGAUGUUGCGCUCUCGCUCACAUUUUUCGCUGUGCUCACUGUGAUAGGUGGCAUCUGUACCUGUAUGUUGCAGCCUCCAAAGCAAAAGAACAGCGCGAAUCUUGUCAUGGCUAGGGCGGGUGAUAAUCAGGAGGCGCAUAAAAAGGAGCGCUCGCCGUUGGCCGCCACCGUUUGGACGGUUGAAAGUGAUGUGAAUAAUACGCGUCUUUGAGUAUAUUCUAAUUUAUUACCUUUAGAUGUAGUUUAUAUUAGUCGCCGUACAAGAAAAGAAUGUUUUCCAACUGAUCGAAACUCCAACCCUUUGAUUGAUAGAAACAUCUGUAAACAUUCCCUUUGAGUGAACAGACCUGCUCAUCAAUAACAUGAAGGCUUAUUUGAGUAGGCGAUUCUAAUAAGCGGUACCUGUUAUUUGUUAGAAAGGAAUUCAAAAUCACAUGAAUGCCAUAGUAAGAUUAGAAUUUUGAUAUUUUAUACUCUUAAAAGGCGUUGGAGUAAAUGACGACAAAAUGCAUCAGCACUGCCGGUCAGAUGAUGGGUCAUAUGACGGUCAGAUUUCUUGUAGGGCAAUUUAGCGCGUGCCAUUAGAAACAAAGUCUUACCCACUUAAUUAUACCUACACUCAUAGUUUAUACUCGUAGUACACUUGUUGUUAUUUGUUGCACAUAUAUUUUACUGUUUAUUAGCACUACGUUCAUAACCUUAAAAUUGACUUGAAAAAAGCGAAAAAUUUAUAGUUUAGUAAAUCUGUGAUUAGCUAAGUCAUGUUUACUUGAAAUUUAGGGAGUGUUUCUUAUACUGUCAUCUCUUUAAAAUUAUACAAAUUGUCAAUUACUUGAUCGUACUUAAAUUUAGCUACGAAGCCUGUAUUAUUAUGGGUUAACCAAUCGAACACUGUCAUUCCAGCAUACAUUUAUUAAAAUUAAGACAUAAAUAUAUGUAUGUAUACACACUUAGAUAAUUAUAUACGAAUGAAAAUAUAUGCUCACAUAAAU